AUGGACACCUCGUACCCACGGGAGGAUGAGCCACCUGCCAAGCGACGGACUCCCCCCACUGCCCCCCUGCCCCGGGACCACCUCAUCUGGGCCAUCUUCAACACCCUCUACAUGAACUUCUGCUGCCUGGGCUUCGUGGCACUUGCCUUUGCUGUUAAG